UUCUAGACUACCGAUUAACAAUCUUUUUUACACAUCCGGCACAGCCCCCAUUAACCAACCGAACGCAUCCAAAUUGUUUGCUAGGGAAGCAAGACCACAGGGACCCGCUGCACUUUCUUUCCUUCAUUUCAAGGGUCCAUUCUUGUUUACCUCAGUUUUCCAACAUACAACCUACAACCCAGAACUACGUAACAAAACUUUUUAAUUGCGGUCUAUUCAACACAAGCGGAUAAAACUCAGAAAAAAAGUGAUCACAGCACACAAACAAACAAUUAAAUAUAAUGAAACCAUCAACACUUAUAUUCUUCGUCACCUGUCUAACCGGCCCGGCGGUAGACGCUGCAGCCGUCUCGCAGAAGGAGUCGACGCAUAUUCGAUACUCCCAGUUUCCUUCAUACGAAAAGCGCGACACAUCCGAUGCGCACGAUUUGUGGAAACGCAAAGGUGGUGGUAGAGGUGGAGGAGGCCGUACCAGUGGCAGUUCUGGCAGCACUGGAGGCCGGAGUUCAUCAUCCCCUUCCACCGGCAGCAGCAGUGGCAGCGGCGGCGGCACACGUGCGACAAACAGCGGCGGCGUAUCCUCCGGUGGCUCCGGACCUAAGCCAGCAUAUGGCGGCGGCUCCGUAUAUGCCGGUGGAGCCAAGAGGCCUUACUCGUCUGGAGCCCGUGUAGGCGCCAUUGCGCCCUUCCUCAUGGUUGGCGCAGUUCUUGCGUUCUGGCCCUUCCACUACCCUUACGGCGCCUACAUGUACCCCUACAACAACCCUUAUCACUAUUACAACGCGAGCAGCCAGCGCAACGAAACCAGGAAUGUGCUGUGUGGCUGCCAGCAGUACGAGGUUUGCUCUUGCGACGAGGAAAACAACGGUACUGUCAAGGAGCUGGUCGGCGACGGGUCCUACGACAAGAUGAAUAGGAGCGUCGUCAACGUCGCAGACGUCAACGGCACGCAAACAAUUGUCAUCGACGGCACGCUACCGAACGGCACCACUGCGGAUUCAGCGGCCGCAAAACUAUUGCUAACGCAUGCCCCUUGGUGGCCUGUGGUCGCUACACUCGCGGCGAUUGUCAUCUGGGUAUAACCGUUCUAUGUCUACCCAAAAGCAGUAUCGCGAGCCUAUCUUUCUCUGUAAAUAUUGUCGAUAACCCAACCUUGUAUAUACAAAGAUACCCAUCACGACACUACUAUGAUAAUGUUUGGAGUUUGAUGCCAGUAUCAACCGAUCUGUGUGUUUGUCUGUGGCGUGAAUUUUUGAUAAUCAUGUCUAUAAAGACUUUGCCUGUAAUCACAAAUCAGUGAACCUGUCUUGGAAGAGGCUUUUGAGUGUAAGGUUGCACUAGACCGGGCGGGCCUGAAGUGGUCAGGGCCCUGAAGUGGUCAUCUCUUUUUUGCUCUUAUAACCUUUAUAACAAUCCAACCAAAUACCCGAUACAGGCCAAAUUUGGUAGGUAUAUAAAACCAAAAAACCGCUUUUCAAUGGUAUAAUAUAUAUAUUUGUAACG